AUGGACAACAGACGUGGUGGAUACAGCAGAGGGGCCUUCAAUGGAGCUGUUUCCAGGCGGCCUUUUUGCGUUUCAUUUGUCCGCGCGGGAAAAUUUGCUGCAGUUCCUAGUAGUGCCCAGCCCUACCUCCAGCAACAUGAAGAUGGGCGCAGCAGUGCAUCCGCUUUUUCGGAUGCCGCCAAGCAGUCUCCUCCCACACUAACUUCGCGUACCAAGGAGAAGCCACUCUUCGUCAAUGCGAGUCAAAGAUCAUCCUCUGCUCAGGACGUUGAGAGAGGCGCUCAACAAACUCCCAUUCAGAGCAUCCCUACAAAUGCCCUGUUGCCUCCUCGGGGUUUCCGCGAUUUUCCUCCUGAUGUGCUUGCUAUUCACAAGCAUAUCUUCUCUUGCUGGCACGAAGUUGCCGCUGAAUUUGGCUUCUUGGAGUACAAGGGUCCGUCGGUGGAACGAUUUUCGCUUUAUUCGCCUUUCUGCCGCUCCUUGCCCCCUUCUUCACGAUCAUCACCCAUAGCGACUUCAUUAGAGGGGAAAUCUGUUUCUUCAGCGGUGUCUCUUCCCCCCCACAUUUAUAUGUUGCAGGGUGACGGUCCAGAUUGUCUCUGCCUUCGUCCCGAGCUCACGCCCUCCUUAACCCGCAUGCUUCUGCGAGAACAGCAACAGCACCCUUCGGGGAUUGCUCGACGUUGGUAUUCGGUUGAAAGAGUUUGGCGUCACGAGAGGCCCUGUUGUGGGCGCCGUCGCGAGCAUUUCCAGUGGAAUCUUGACAUAGCACUUCCCGUUCUUCGCAGAAGAAACUCCUUCACGGAUCCUCAUACAGCGGGCGCAGCGCAGCAGGCAAAUGGAAGUCCGAACCACCAGCAACAGCACAAAAUGGGGUCCCGAACCGCUGGUUUUUGCUCCUUUGCAGUGGCAGAAUUGAUAGCGGCUGCUGUUCGCUUAUUCCAAAAGCUAGGCCUUUCUUCGCGGGAUGUGCGAAUUCGUGUCGGGAGCCGGAGCCUGUUGAGAGAUCUCCUGUGGACAGAAGAAGAAAUGAGGAGUACCGGGGCAGGCUUUUCCACCACUGUGAGAAAUAACCAGGCGCUGGAUAACGGGACUCCUUCCUGCACCGCAUUGCACUCAUCUCCAACGCACGAUGCUUGCACAUUCCAACAAAGGCUCACAACCGCAAUGCAGGUCCUCGAUCGAGCCUCAAGGCGAAGCCAAGAAGAGACAGAAAAUGCACUAGCCGAUGGGUUAGGCAUUACCGUUGAGAAAUCCCACCUCAUUCUUCAGCGGCUUCUCUCGUUUGACAUAAACAAUGAUUCAGUGGUGCGUGAAUUGGGUAGAAAGCUGCAAAGGCUAAGCGAAGGCAACGGCACGCAACACGGACGUGACGGCAAGCUUGGCAUUAUGAGAAGUCAGAAACCCUCAGAAGGGGGAGACGUGCUUCCUGGUCCUCUCCCCACCUCGGUGAGUGAUCUACAAAGCGUGGUUCACUUGCUGAGAGAAGGGUACGGAAUAGGAGAUUGGGUGGACGUGGAUCUUCUGAUAGUUCGGGGCCUCCACUAUUACACGGGUGUCGUGUUUGAAGCAUUUGACUCCGAGGGUGUGUUCAGAGCCCUAUUAGGUGGGGGAUGUUACGGAGAGACGGAGUACCCAUCGGCUGGGGUAUCUACAGGAACCGAAGUUCCUUCGCUUUGUACAGAGAACCCGGAAGUGCAGGAGAUGGAUCUGAACACAAACGCGCUCAGUAGUAGGAGUGCUGUCACUGGCGUUGGUUUAGGUAUGGGGGACUGCGUGCUGAUGGAGCUGUUGCAGAGGAAAGGUCUUCUGCCGUCCGCCGUAUAUCCUGUUGAUGUUAUUGUGGCCAUUUGCCAAAGUCCAGCAUCCCAACAUGCUGGGGAAGCUUCCGGCGUCUCUCCGUUUUACGCGCCUAGUGGCGACCAGAGACUUGCUGAAACGGACGACAGCUCGAGCGGUGAGCUGUGCCAUUCAGCACCAUCAACAGCAGGCGACCCAGACUGGCAGUCAGUGGCGGCAAAGCAACUUUGCUGCAAGUUGCGAGCCCUGGGGCUCCGCGUAGAGUUACUGCUGCCACCUCAAAGGUCUGAGCGAGCUGCCAUCAAGCACGCAAGGUCCGUAGGAGCAAAGGCAGUGAUAUUCGUCACAGGAGUGCAACAGCACCUAGUGCUUGAGGAUGGAACAAAAACGCCGGCAAGUACUGCCGCAGGCCCGCCUGUUCCGUCAUCAGAAGCAAAGCAAAUGGCAGUGCCCACGGAAUUCAAAGUUUUACUCAUUCCAGGGGACGGUCGAAAAUUGGCACUCGCCGGCAAACAGUACCUAACGGGUCAGAAAGAAGACUCAACAACAUUGCACCACCCUCGAGUCAGCAGUUCGGAACGCAGAAGAGCUCUUACCAGCAUUCCUUCCGUCAUUGAGAUGCUGAAGGCUCAUUUAUGCCCCACGUCUCGAGGCAAGCAGCCGUCUUCAUGA